AUGAUUGAAUUGUAUUCAGUAUGUGGUUUGUGGAAGUUGAACAACAACAUUCAUUGGAAAUUUGAGAUGGAUAAUGAAAGGGGAGCUUCUUUGGCACAAUGUUUAAAGCUUAGUUAUACAUUGCCUGCUAAGUCUUCUACUAUAGGUAGUAUUCCUAUCUUUAUUAGAAAUGAUAGGCAGCUUGAAGCUUUUAAACUCAAAUAUGCACAAAGUGGAGGAGUUCUUCAUCUAUGUGUUACUGUUGAGGAUUUUUGUGAGAUUGUAGAGCAGGGUCAACCUAGCUCUACUCCUUUUAUUGAGAGUGUUACUGCUGUUACUCAGGAUCAAACAAGCUCAAAUCUGUUAGUUGGGAAUGUUAUUGAUGUUUAUACUCAUACUCAGGGUGUUCCUCGUAACAUGACAACCUCUGUUGGGUAUCCAUCUGGUUCUUCACACUCAACUGGUCUAAUCGAUGUUGAUUCACUGUUUUGUGGAAAGUUAUUAAAAGACAAAACAGAAAUGAGAAGUCAGAUGCGGAUUUGGAGGCUACGUGCAACUAAGGCUAAAGCAUCAGAUAGCUUUGUUGUUCGAAAGUAUAUUAGUCAGCACAGCUGUGACUCUGCUUUAAGGAAUGUUAAUCAUCGCCAAGCAUCUGCAAGGACUUUGGCUGGUUUGGUUAGUAACCAUUUUGCAGGAGGAAAGCUUCCUCUCAGACCCAAACAGCUCAUGGAAAUUUUUAGGAAUGACCAUGGAGUUGGUGUCUCAAAAGAAGAAUCAGGUACUAUCAUUUACAUCAAAGCUGAUUCUGAUAAUGAGUUUAGAUAUGGUUUUCUGGCUUUUGGUGCAUCAAUUAGAGGUUUUAAGUUGAUGAGAAAAGUUAUUUCUAUUGAUGGCGCCCAUUUGAAAUCAAAAUAUAAAGGGACUUUGCUUGCUGCAUCAGCUCAGGAUGGUAAUUUUCAGUUGUAUCCUAUUGCUUUCGCCGUUGUUGAUUCUGAGAAUAAUGCAUCAUGGGAUUUGUUUUUGCGGUGGUUGAAGACUAUUAUUCCUGAUGAAAAGGAUCUAGUUUUUGUGUCUGAUCGGGCUUCUUCAAUUGCAACUGCGCUAUCAGUAAAUUAUGUACAUGCUCAUCACGGGAUCUGCACUUUCCACUUGCAAAAGAACCUGGAAACACGAUUUAGAGCUUCGGCUUCUCUUCUUCCAGUUGUUCAUGAUGCUUCAAGAGCUUACACUCAGUAUGAUUUUGAUUAUUUGUUCACUCAAAUUUCCAAUGGUGAUCCGGAUCUUGGAGAAUAUCUUUGGCAAGCUGAUAUUAGGAAAUGGUCACGUGCAUAUUCUCCUUCAAACCGGUACAACAUUAUGACAUCUAAUUGUGCCGAGUCCAUUAACUCCAGGUUAAAAGAGACUCGUGAGUAUCCAAUUGUCUGCCUGUUUGAUACAAUCAGGUCUAUUUUGACUAGGUGGUUUAAUGAACGACGUGAGGAGAGCUGUCGACAUCCAUAUGCUGUUACUACAAAAGUUGGGAAUAAGAUGAAUGAAUCUUAUAAUAAUACUACCCGCUGGCUUGAAGUUAGUCAAGUAAAUGAAAAUAUCUUCGAGGUUAAAGCAGCUUUAAAGACAUAUAUGGUGAAUUUGGACACAAGGAAAUGCACAUGCUGUAUGUUUGAUAUUGACAAAUUCCCUUGUGCACAUGGAAUUGCUGCUGCCAAACAUGUCAAUCUCAAUGAAAACAUGUUUGUUGAUGAUUAUCAUUCCACUGAAAGAUGGCGUUUAGGAUAUUCAGAGAGCAUUCACCCAGUAGGUGAUAUGGAGUAUUGGGAGAUUCCAGAGAGUGUUAGUACUUCUAUUCGGCCACCUUCUACUCGUAUACCUAGUGGCAGGCGAAAGAAAAAGAGAUAG